CGAGAACUGACUGACAUGGCUUCUCAUCCAAAGGACGAACACUGUUACCUGCUCCACAGUUUUGCAGAGUUUGAAGCCUUAGCUCGCAGGGCCCUUCACGAAGAUCUGCCUUCUGGUAGUUAUAUUCAAGAAGAUAUUUCCUAUUGCUCUUAUCUUUGUGAUGGGAAUGAAAACUGCUGUGAUAUUAUGGCAAGCUGCAAAUGUGGUACCCACACAGGGCAGUUUGAGUGCAUCUGUGAGAAAGGCUACUAUGGCAAAGGGCUGCAGCAUGAAUGUACAGCCUGUCCACCAGGGACCUAUAAGCCUGAAGCGUCACCAGGUGGAUUAAGUACUUGUGUCUCAUGCCCUGAUGACAAUCAUACCUCCCCACCGGGAAGUACCUCCAUUGAGGACUGCCUAUGCAAGGAAGGCUAUCGCUCUAACAGCCAGAUUUGUGAAGUGGUCCGCUGUCCUGAGCUGCACCCCCCUGAAAAUGGCUAUUUUGUCAAGAAUGUCUGCAACAAUCGCUUCAACUCUGCCUGUGGAAUCCGAUGUAGAGCAGGAUUUGAUCUUGUGGGAAGCAGCAUACGACUUUGCCAGCCCAAUGGCCUGUGGUCUGGUUCAGAUGCCACGUGCAGGGUUCGUACAUGUCCAAAGCUCCAUCCCCCUCAAAAUGGGCACAUUAAUUGCUCAGUAAGUGAGAUCUCAUAUAAGACUGUGUGUUUUGUGACCUGCGAUGAAGGCUAUGAACUAGAAGGAAACUCCAAACUCAUCUGUCAAGGCAACUCUCAGUGGGAUGGAAAGGAACCAAAGUGUGUGGAACUGCAGUGCCCUGCCUUCCAGAAACCAAAAGAUGUGAUUGUUCACCCAGAUGUUUGUGGACUUGGGCCUUCGAAAUAUGGGACUCUGUGUAGGUUCAGUUGCCCCCAUGGAUUCAUUUUAACCGGAGUCAGAGAAGAACUGAGAUGUCUAAACAGCAGGAAGUGGAGUGAGGAUGUGCAGAAGGCUUUUUGUAAAGACAUUGAAAUACCAAAGAUUAGUUGCCCUGAUGACAUUGAAACUGCUACUCUUGAACACCAGAAUUCUGCAAAUAUUAGCUGGGAAGUUCCAUCUGCCAAUGACAAUUCUGGAGAGGAGGUCUCAGUUCAGGUUACUCCAGCAUUUACACCACCUUACCUUUUCCCAAUCGGAGAAGUUGGCAUCACAUAUACAGCAACAGACAAAUCUGGAAACCAGGCAAGCUGUACUUUCAGCGUCAAAGUUAUUGACCUAGAACCCCCAGUAAUUGAUAAAUGCAGAUCUCCACCUCCAGUUCAGGUAGCUGAGAAGAAUUACAGAGUAACGUGGGAUGAGCCACAGUUUUCUGAUAAUUCAGGAGUGGUCUUAAUGGUAACUAAAAGUCACUCGCCUGGAGACCUCUUUCCCAAAGGAGAGACAGUGGUCCAGUAUACUGCCACAGAUUCAUCAGGCAAUAACAGAACAUGUGAGAUCCACAUAGUCAUCAGAGGUUCUCCUUGUGAAGUUCCCUUUACUCCAGUGAAUGGUGAUUUUAUAUGCAGAGAAGAUGAGAGAGGUGUUAACUGCACGUUACAUUGCAUGGACGGAUAUGACUUCUCUGCAGGGUCCGAGGAAAACUAUUAUUGUGCCUAUGCAGACGGCCUCUGGAAUCCACCUUAUUCUACUGAAUGGCCUGACUGUUCUUUGAAUCGUUUGGCAAACCAUGGUUUCAAAUCCUUUGAGAUGCUAUACAAAGCAACACGAUGUGAUGACAGCAACCUUCUUAAAAAUUUUGCGGACGCAUUUCAGAGUGCACUUGGUAAAAUGGUUCCAACAUUUUGCAAUGAUGUUGAGGACAUUGACUGCAGACUGGAGGAUUUGCCAAAGAAACAUUGCUUGGAAUAUAAUUAUGACUAUGAAAAUGGCUUUGCUAUUGGCGCUGGUGGCUGGGGAGCUGCAAAUCGGCUGGAUUAUUCUUACGAUGAUUUCCUUGAAACUGUGCCUGAAGAAGAACUACCCAAACCAUCCUCUGAUUCUGUGGAGGUCGCACACUCCCGGGUCAAAAGGCACAAAAAAAUAAGCAUACCCAUGUCAGACCACAAAAUAAAAUUAAUUUUUAAUAUUACAGCUAGUGUACCAUUGCCUGAUGAACGAAAUGAUACACUGGAACUGGAGAACCAGCAACGCCUUCUAAAAACGCUAGAGACUAUUACAAACAGGCUGAAAAGGACUCUCAAUAAGGAUCCAAUGUAUUCUUUUCAGUUUUCUUCUGAACUGCUUGUAGCUGAAACCAACUCUUUGGAAGCUGAAAAGGCCUUCCUGUUUUGCAGGCCAGGCUCUGUCUUAAGAGGCCGAAUGUGCGUUAAUUGCCCUUUGGGUACUUAUUACUCUUUGGAACAUCACACAUGUGAAAGUUGCUGGAUUGGUUCUUACCAGGAUGAGGAAGGGCAGCAAGAAUGUAAAAACUGCCCAUCUGGUAGCUACACUGAAUUUCUGCACUCCAGGAGUGUAUCAGAAUGUAAAGCUCAAUGCAAGCCGGGAACCUAUUCUCCAAAUGGCCUUGAGAUCUGUGAAUCAUGUCCUCUUGGCAAAUAUCAGCCUGCAACUGGAUCUAAGCAGUGUAUCUCUUGCCCAGAAAACAUGUCAACUGUCAAAAGGGGGGCUGUGGACAUAUCAGCAUGUGGAGUGCCUUGUCCUGCAGGACAAUUCUCCCGCUCUGGUUUAAUGCCCUGCCACCCCUGUCCCAGUGAUUAUUAUCAGCCUGAUCCAGGAAAGUCCUACUGCUUGUCUUGUCCAUUUUAUGGGACCACAACAAUGAUUGGUGCCAACUCUAUAGCAGACUGCUCAAGUUUCGGUUCAACUUUCUCUGCAGCAGAAGAGAGUGUUGUGCUUCCAGUCUCGCCAGAAAAUAUCAGCAAAAAAUACAAAGUCAGCAGUCAGGUAUUCCAUGAGUGCUUCCUGGAACCAUGUCAUAAUGGUGGCACAUGCAAACAAGUUGGAAGUGGGUAUAUUUGCAUAUGCCAACCUGGAUAUACAGGCUUAAAAUGUGAAGUGGAAAUUGAUGAGUGCAAGUCUUCCCCCUGUCUCAACAAAGGGACUUGCAAGGAUGGCAUUGCAACAUUCACCUGCCAGUGCCAGCCGGGCUACACAGGUUUACUAUGCGAAGAAGAUAUAAAUGAAUGCAGUUCAAAUCCAUGUCUGAAUGAAGCUGUCUGUGUUGAUGGUACAAAUGCUUACCAAUGUACCUGUGCAGAAGGGUUUAUAGGUGCUCACUGUGAAACAGAUGUAAACGAAUGUCUUUCAAACCCCUGUUUAAACAAAGCCACCUGCGAAGAUCAGAUUGGAGGUUUCCGUUGCAAAUGCCCUUCUGGAUUUAUUGGUAUCCUGUGCGAAAAAAACAUUAAUGAAUGUCUCAGUAGACCUUGUAAAAAUGGAGCCACUUGCAAAGAUGGUAUCAGUGGCUACAGGUGUCAGUGUGUUGCAGGAUAUACAGGGCCACAAUGUGAAGUGAACAUCAAUGAGUGCGAAUCCAGCCCCUGUGCAAACCAAGCAACGUGCGUGGAUGCCUUGAACUCGUUCAUUUGUAAAUGUCGCCCUGGCUUUACAGGCAGCAGGUGUGAAACAGAACAGUCUUCUGGAUUCAAUCUGGAUUUUGAAGUUUCUGGGAUCUAUGGCUAUGUUCUGCUUGACAGUGUCCUCCCUGCGCUAAGUGAGAUCACCUGUGCCUUCUGGAUGAAAUCUACUGAUACUACUAAUUACGGGACUCCAAUUUCUUAUGCAGUGGAAAAUCAAAGCGACAAUGCGUUUCUGCUUACGGAUUACAACGGGUGGGUUCUUUAUGUGAAUGGGAUGGAGAGUAUUACAGAUUGCCCUUCUGUAAACGAUGGCAACUGGCAUCACAUUGCCGUCACCUGGACCAGCACUGAUGGCGCUUGGAGAGUGUAUAUUGAUGGGAAGCUCUCUGAUGGAGGCAGUGGUUUAUCUGUUGGAUCAGAAAUCCCUGGUGGAGGUGCUUUAGUGCUUGGACAGGAACAAGAUCAAAGAGGAGAAGGGUUCAAUCCUGCUGAGUCUUUUGUUGGCUCAAUCAGCCAGCUUAACAUUUGGGAUUACGUCCUGUCUUUACAACAGGUGAAAUCAUUGGCUGUUUCUUGUCCAGAAGAACUGCAAAAAGGCAAUGUAUUGGCCUGGCCAGAUUUCCUUCCUGGGGUUGUCGGAAGAGUAAAAAUAGAUCCCAAGAGCAUAUUCUGUGCCGAUUGCCAACCCUUAGAAGGUUCCAUUCCUCACCUGAGGACUUCAUCAAGUGAAUUAAAGCCUGGGUCAAAAGUCUCUCUCUUUUGUGACUCUGGUUUCUACAUAGUGGGGAAUUCUGUCCAGCACUGUCUAAAUUUAGGACAGUGGGCCCAACCCCUUCCACGAUGUGAAAGGAUAAGCUGUGGAGAGCCUCCGCCUUUAGAAAAUGGCUUUUAUUCUGCCGAGGACUUCUUUGCUGGAAGUACCAUUACUUACCACUGCCGCAGCGGUUAUUACUUGUUGGGAGACUCCAGGAUGCUUUGUGCAGACAAUGGCAGCUGGAAGGGUGGUUCACUGUCUUGCCUGGAUGUCGACGAAUGUGCAGUUGGUUCUGACUGUGACGAACAUGCUUCCUGCCUUAACACAAAUGGGUCCUACAUCUGUACCUGCAUCCCCCCUUAUACCGGAAAUGGCAAGAAAUGUGCAGAACCAGUGAAAUGCCAACGUCCAGGAGACCCUGAAAAUGGCCACUCACAUGGUGACAUCUACCGUGUUGGUAGUGAAGUCCGUUUCUCAUGUGAUCAGGGGUACCAGCUGAAAGGAGCGGACAAAGUUUUAUGUUUGGAAUCGGGGGAAUGGAGCCACCUCAUCCCGUACUGUGAAGCUGUUUCCUGCGGUAUCCCAGCUAUCCCAGAAAAUGGAGCUAUUGAUGGCUCAGAUUUUACCUACGGUAGCAAAGUAGCAUACAGGUGUGACAAAGGAUACAAUUUGGUGGGUGAAGAAGAAACAGUUUGUCUUGCCAGCGGCACAUGGAAUCAUUCUUCUCCAGUCUGUGAAUUAGUAAAAUGUCCUCUCCCUCAGAAAAUAAACCAUGGCAAAUAUGUAAUGAGCGGUCUGGCGUACCUUUCUAAUGUAUCGUACGCAUGUGACACUGGGUACAGUCUACAAGGAGCUUCCGUGCUUGUGUGUGAAGAUUCAGCUAACUGGAGCAGCUUACCUCCGGAAUGUGAAAUUGUUUCAUGUGGUCUCCCUCCUGUUAUUAAAGAUGCAACUGUUAGUGGAAACAAUUUUACUUUUGGAAACAACAUCACUUAUACGUGUAAGGAAGGCUAUACGCUAAUUGGUCCGGAAACAGUUGAAUGCUUGUCAACGGGCAAAUGGAACCUGAAUCAGCAGCAGUGUGUGGCUGUCUCCUGUGAUGAACCACCCACCGUGGACCAUGCUUUCCCAGAGAGUGGCCAUCGGCUGUUUGGGGAUGUAGCUUACUACUAUUGCUCUGAUGGAUACAGCUUAGCUGGCAAUUCUCAGUUACUUUGCAAUGCCCAGGGGAAGUGGGUGCCCCCUGCCAAGAAAGACAUUCCGGAAUGUAUAGCUGACUUUUGCGAGAGACCGUUGUCUGUGUCCUAUAGCAUCCUGGAAUCCUCUAACAAGGCUAGGUUUGCAGCUGGGUCAGUUGUGAGCUUCAAGUGCAUGGAAGGCUUUGUAUUAAACACUUCUGCUAAGAUUGAGUGUAUUCGGGGUGGCCAGUGGAACCCUUCUCCACUGACUAUCCAGUGCAUUCCUGUUCGCUGCGGAGAGCCACCAGGCAUUAAAAAUGGCUAUGCGAGUGGCACAAAUUACAGCUUCGGGGCAAUCAUGGCAUACAGCUGCAAUCGGGGAUACUAUAUCAAAGGGCAAAAGAAGAGGACGUGUGAAGCAACAGGAACUUGGAGUGGUACAAUGCCGACAUGUCAUCCAGUAUCCUGUGGAGAGCCACCCAAACUUGCAAAUGGAUUUGUUGAGGGCGCGACAGGACGUUUCUUUGGGAGUGAAGUGCAAUAUCAGUGCAAUGCUGGCUACCAGCUAAUUGGAAGUCCCACAUAUUUUUGUCAAGCCAAUCGCCAGUGGCACAGUGAAGCCCCUCCUUCCUGUGUGCUCCUCAGUUGUGGGAAACCACCUCCCCUUCAGCAUGGAUUCAGCAAGGGUCCAAGUUCUGAGGUGGGAGCCAAGGUCGAUUUCUUUUGUGAUGAAGGGUAUGAGCUGAAAGGGGAUCCUUCCUGGACCUGUCAGAAGUCUGGGACCUGGAACAAAACCCAAGACCCAAAGUGUGUCCAAACAAAAUGUUCAGAACCACCAUUGGUUGAGAAUCAGCUUGUUCUGAAAGAGAUGGUCGAUCAAGUUAGUCUGGUAGAGUUUUCAUGCAAAGAGGGCUAUGUUUUACAUGGCGCUUCUGUCCUGAAAUGUUUGCCAUCCCAGCAGUGGAACGAUUCUUUCCCAGUCUGCAAAAUGGUACUAUGCCCUAGGCCACCUUAUAUUCCUUUUGGAGACUCUGUGGUGUCUUCUCUUCGUUUUGGUAGCGUGGUGAGUUACACAUGUAUGGAUGGGUUUCUGCUCAAGGGAGUUUCUACCAUCAGUUGCCAAGCAGAUGGCACAUGGACCACCCCUCUGCCAGAAUGCAUUCCAGUAGAGUGCCCGCAGCCAGAGGAAAUUCAGAACGGCAUUGUAGAUGUCCAGGGUCUUACCUACCUCAGCACUGCACAAUAUAACUGUAAGCCAGGCUUCGAGCUUGUGGGAAAUAUGACCAUUCUUUGUGGAGAGGAUGGCCAUUGGCUUGGAGGAAACCCAGCUUGCAAACCCAUUGAGUGCUCCAAGCCCAAGGAGAUUCAGAACGGCCAAUAUUUGUAUGGAGACCUACACUACAAGCAAACUGUGACCUACUCAUGUGACCGAGGAUUCCAGCUGGAAGGACAAAAGGUCCUUAGUUGCCUGGAAACGGGGGAGUGGGAUGCAGAAGCUCCAUCCUGUAGAGCUAUCAGCUGUGAACCCCCACAGCCUAUUGAUAAUGGCUUUGUGGAAGGUGCUGAUUACAGCUAUGGCGCCAUGGUGAUGUAUAGCUGUAUUCCAGGAUUCCAGCUGUCUGGUCUUGCCAUGCAGACCUGCGAAGAAUCUGGAUGGUCUAGCGUUAGCCCAGUAUGCCUGCCAAUGGACUGUGGUCUUCCUCCCCAUAUAGACUUUGGGGGAUACGAAACUAUUAGCAGCGAGGAGAAACUUUUUAGCCUAGAAGGAAUACUAGAAGGAGGCUUUCAUACUGUCGGCCCACCUCUUUUCUCUCUAAUACUUGAUAAUCAGAAAGACAUCGGAAGUUCCUCGAAGACUGUUAAUGCUUUGCCAUUGUCUGGUUAUCUCUAUGGGACCACAGUGUUGUACAGUUGCUACUCUGGCUAUGAACUCUCAGGAAAUUCCAUGCUUGCUUGCCAAGAGAAUGGGACGUGGAACGGCACCGCUCCUGACUGCGUUUCUAUCCAGUGUGAAUCGCUGUCAGCGCCAGAAAAUGGCUUUGUUCAUUUUACAGAGAACACACUUGGUAGUACAGCACAAUAUUCCUGUAAACCAGGAUAUAGGCUGAUUGGUUCGGUCACAAGGCUUUGUAUGUCCAGCAGGCAAUGGAGUGAUUUGGCACCGACUUGUGAGGUAAUAUCAUGUACGGUACCCACCCGGCCUGUAAACGGCACAGUAAAAGGUGAUGCCUACUGUUACGGGAGCACAGUCCAGUACGAUUGUGAUCCUGGGUUUCAGUUAAAUGGUCCGAGUCAGAGAACAUGCCGGGCAGAUCAACAAUGGGAUGGACGUGAGCCAAUCUGUGUCCCUGUUUCCUGCGGCCAGCCUCCGGAAGUGGAGAACGGCCGAGUGACUGGAGAGGAAUAUACGUUUCAAAAACAUGUCGAGUACAGCUGCAGUGAAGGCUUCUUUCUAGAAGGGGACAGGAAGAGAGUCUGCCUCGCUGACAGAAGGUGGAGUGGGAGCUCUCCGGCAUGUUUGCCAGUUCAGUGUGAUGUGCCAUUGCCGCUUCUUCACGGGCACCUCAGUGGAUCAGAACGUGGCUUUGGAAAGGAAAUUGAGUAUCAUUGUGAUGAAGGGUACAUACUACAUGGCGCCUCCUUACAUACCUGUCAGGCGGAUGGCACCUGGGAUGGGGAAGCUCCGUUCUGUGAGCCGGUCAACUGUGGCCCACCUGAGGACCUCUCUCAUGGUUUCCUAAACGGUUCUCUCUUCAGUUUUGGGGAGUACGUGCAAUACGUUUGCUUCCCUGGUUAUGAGUUGCAGGGAAAUCCAGUGAGGCAAUGUCUGUCUAACGGCCUAUGGAGUGGAAUACCUGCCUCUUGUCAGCUCUGUGAAUGCCCAGUGCCAGCAAUUCAGAAUGGGGUCGUUAGAGGUAUAGAUUUCAGUUGUGGGAGAAGGGUACAGUUCCAGUGCCAAGAUGGUUUCAGACUCCUAGGGCCUUCAGAAAUCACCUGCGAAGCUGUCGGCAAGUGGAGCUCUGGCUUCCCCCACUGUGGACAGAUUUCGUGUGGCCCCCCGCCAGCAAUCCCCAAUGCCUUCAUCAAUGGAAGUAGCUCUUUGGAUCAGAAUACUAUAAUUUACAACUGCAAAAUGGGUUUUGUGAUGCAAGGAAGUUCAGAAUUGACUUGUACAGAAAAGGGUGUCUGGAGUAAGCCGUAUCCAAGCUGCACGUUGCUGACCUGUGGACCACCACCUUCUGUGCCCCACGCCAUUGCUGUAGGAGACUCACAAGCCUACGGGAGUAAAGUCCAGUACAGGUGCCUGGAGGGCUACGUGUUGGAGACAGAAAUGGAUACAUGCACCUGUCGGGAAGAUGGGCUCUGGUCCCCUAAUAGUAUUUCCUGUUGCCCCAGAAAAUGUCCACUGCCUACAAAUAUAACAAAUAUCAUUAUAUCUGGCACUGAAUUAACUGUGAAUAGGAGCAUUGUCUUGUCAUGUCCAGAAGGCUAUCUCUUGACUGGGACAGGCAUUUCCACGUGUCAGAACAACGGUAACUGGAUACCAUUAUUGUCAAGUGAUAUCUGUGUGCCUGUGUCCUGUGGAAAGCCUGAAGUUCCAGAACAUGGAAUAGUGACUGGCAACCAAUAUAACUACAAAGAUGCAGUGUUUUAUCAGUGCAGUUCUGGUUAUGAGUUGGAAGGUGAUGCAGAACGUACUUGUGAAGCGGAUAAGCUAUGGAGUGGAACGAUGCCGGUGUGCCAAAAGACUAGAUGUGAAGAUCCUGAAUUUAUAGAAAAUGGAAAGGCUCUCUAUGAAAACAACACCCUGGGCAGCCGAGUUGCAUAUUACUGCAACAGAGGGUACAGCUUGGAAGGAGAGCCUCUUGCUGAGUGCACAGAAACUGGAGUUUGGAGCCACCCCAUGCCUCUCUGCAAACCAAAUCCAUGCCCUGUGCCUUUUAUCAUUCCGGAAAAUGCCCUCCUAUCAGAGACAACUUUUUAUGUGGGGCAAAAAGUCUUUAUCAAGUGCAGACAGGGCUUUCAGCUUAGAGGACCGUCUGUAAUUACGUGUAAUCCUGACGAGACAUGGACCCCAACUACAGCUAAAUGCGAAAAAAUAUCUUGUGGGCCACCUUCUCACGUUGAAAACGCUUUGGUCCGUGGAACGUUUUUCCAAUAUGGAGACGUAAUAACCUAUUCAUGCUACAGCGGGUACAUGCUGGAGGGCUCCCUUCGAAGUGUUUGUUUAGAGAACGGAACCUGGACGGAGCCACCGGCUUGCAAAGCUAUAUGCCGGUUCCCGUGUCAGAACGGCGGCGUCUGUGAACGGCCAAAUGCAUGCUCCUGCCCAGACGGAUGGAUGGGCCGUCUCUGUGAAGAGCCCAUUUGCAUCCUGCAUUGCCUGAAUGGAGGUUCCUGUGUGGCUCCUUAUCAAUGCAAUUGCACAGCCGGAUGGACUGGCUCCCGCUGCCACCAGGCUGUCUGCCAGAACCCAUGCUUAAACGGUGGGAAAUGUAUACGGCCCAAUCGCUGCCACUGCACUUCCCCGUGGACUGGACAUGACUGCUCUAGGAAAAGAAAAACUGGGUUCUACCACUUUUAACAUCAGAGCAACUGCUGUGCACAUUUUGAUUUGGAUCCCGUGGGCCUUGGUGGACCAGGCAUUGUAAAAUCAAAUCCAAUGGGUCUUUUUUAAAAAAAAAAAAACUGUUGUUGGGGUUUUUUAAUGGUUUUCAUUUUGUAUUAUAUUUACUUUUUUAUUGUGAAGAAACCACCUUUUCCACACCCAGAAGUAUAUCAUUUAUGCUGUACAUGCUGCUGUUAAUACACUCACAAAUGUACAAAUAAUGUUGUCCACUUCAGCAGAGGGGAUACAAACUUUGCUAUCUUUUUUUAGCAUCGCAUAUCCCUGGAGAUAUCCCUGUGCUUUGUUGUCAAUCAGAGCUAAGCAAGAUUUAGAUGCAAGCGGCUCAUCACAUUUCAGUCAUUUUGAAGGAGAAAAUACUUGUUCCUGUGCAGAACUCUUCAGUGAACUGGCUGUGGUCCAGGACACCCCCCCCACACACACUCAAACUGAUGUGUGCAAGACUGACAGAUUUCCCUCUAUAUUACUAGAAUGUCAAAAGUAGUUUAUCACACUGGAGAGGCAUGAAUCCAAAGCUCCCUCGAUCAUCAGGAAUUAAUUGUGUGAUUCUUUAGAUAUUGACCGUUAUGGGACCAAUCCAACAACUUCCUUACACAUAAAAUUGGGGGAACACAGCUGUUCAUGCGCAGGAGAGUUGUCAGCAUGGGGAGGGAGGUACACAUGUGUACACAUGAGAAGGGGGCAGGGAGCUAAACCAUUCCUAAAGUUUCCUUUUUUUUCCCUAUAUGCACAUGGAUUAUUAUACCAUAGAUGUUUAUUAGUGAAAUAGCUUUGUUUUUUAAACAGACACACAUUGAUUGGAUGUUUAGAUUCCAGAAUGAAUUAAUUCAAGCUGUAGCUGCUGUUUUCAUGAAGACAGGUAGAAAUGGGGCUUCUCUUUUGCAUACUAUUGGUGUUUCUUAUGUGCGACCACUUCUUUUUCUCAUUCCCUGAAAGCCAAUCGUACAGUCUCCUGUUUCCAGACAAAAUGUAUUAAAGAUGUCAACUGGCAGUGAACUGUCAUGGGUUCAAGCAGGGCCCCCAACAUUUUUGAGCCUGUGGGCACCUUUGGAAUUCUAACAUAGGGUGGUGGCAGCAACCACAAAAUGGCUGCUGCAGGAGGCAGAGCCACACAUAACGCACAGAGGAAGUCCCAGUAGAGGGAAGAAGACAGGUGAUUUUAAAAAUACACUGGGAAAGAGGAGUGAUACAAUAAAACCAGCCUUGUGGUGGCUGCCACUGAAGCAACAUUAUUUUAAUCUGUGCUGUCAAUCAGAUUCCAUGGCAGGCAAGAGCUCCAUCUGGCUCACUUUCUGAAACCAGGGAAGGUGUUAGUCGUUAGGGACCCUUGGGUUAAAAUAUUGAACAAGGUUUUUUGCAGGCACUUCUGCUAAUCAUACUUAUUUCUGAAAAUGUCUACUGUAAGGUUCCCAGUUCAAAUUAUCAUACAGUAUGUAUGUGACGCUGUCCAUCAAAAGUUCUGUGACUGAUAAAUUUCUCUACCCUUAUGACCCAAAACAAUGCAAAUGAGGUGUGGUUAAAUAUAAGACCUAUUACCAGAGAUCUCCAGAAUAGCAACUUGGGCUAAAAUUAAAGGAGGGUAACGGGAACCAGAAGGAAGUUUGGUACCAGUUCUAGGAGAAGCCUGGGGUGAAUUUACUUUCUUUACUUCUUUCCGGCUUUUGACUUUCCUGCAUGAAUGUUUUCCCUCUAAUAAUGGUUUCCACAAUAGCUGGAUGAUUUUAGUCCCAAACAAUUUGCAUUCCUGUGUUUUUGCUGUUGUCCACCUAUGCUUUUUCAAGGGUUCAUUUGUGUGUGGUCAGCUUUAAAUGUGACAGCAGCAUAACCUUUGCUUGUGUGGCCUAGCAUAGCAGCAUGCGGAGGAGGAGUGUUCCAUGGCACAGAUACAGUUGUGGCUGCUGGUGAUAUCUCUUUUUCUGGUUGCUUUCUGUGGCAGCACCUCCAUUAUCUCUCUUGCAAAAUGGCUUCUCCUGCUCUUUCCAUUGGACGUUCAAAAAAAUCAUAAUAGCGCAACAAAAUACAUUCUAGUUAUUACAUUAAUUCAUAACUACAGAUAGACAAAAAAAAACCUUUGCGGUGGUGAUCAGCCACUGCAAUUUCUUUUGUUAGCUUAGAAACUAUGUCUGGAAACAAUAUCCACAUACAUUGUGAGUCUGUAGAGGAAAGGCUUAUAGUCUAAUUGGGCAUAAACCAUUUUUUAAUAAAUUUCUCAGGUUGUAAAGCUCUCCUGCAUAAUUCUGUUUGUGUUUUUAAGUGCAGACCUACAUUAUUUUCAUGUCUUUACAGAUAAGAAAAAUAAAGGACGGGAUUACUGCCCACCUGUAAUAUGCCAAAUCCACCCUCUUAUGCAUGUUAGUGUGGUCACUGGUUUCAAGAAGAAUGCAAAAUAGAUGUUAACCUCACUCUUAGAAAAGAUGCCCAUUGAGUAAUUAUCUGCCGCUAUUGUUAUGGCAGCAGUUUUACAGUCUCCAUGACAUAACCCACACCAAAACUGCAAUGCGGACUGGAUAAUUCACACAGUACUGGAAAAUACAUCAUUAAUAUUGCCAAUGACUGUUUUUUCUCUCGCACCUUGCUAAACUUGUAUGGCUCGGUGCGGAAUUAUGGCUAUCUAGAAUCCUGUUGCAUGAUAUGAGGUGAUUUUAUGAAAAGAGAAAGAUAAGUAAUGAAAACUAAGCAUAUAUAUAUAUAUCCUGCCUCAGUUUAAAAUGGAUCUAUUUCUAUUGUGUUUGUACAUUAUGUAUUUUUUUUCCUUUUUAUGACUUCCUGGACCGUAUUGUGUCUCAAAAGACUGUAUUUUGAGGGGGGGGAACCCUUCAAUCCAUUUUUCUUCUGGAAAGCAGGAGAAUGUUUGAGUGAGAAACAGAAUCCAUUUGGCCUAAUUUUAACCCUAGAUGUUUGUGCGUUCCCCAAUUUACCUGGCUGAACAAACAGGCCAGGUCUAAGGCUGACCCAAAAGGAACCCUCCGGAACAACCCUCUUGGCAGCUUGUGAUGCUUGGGGGGAAUCGGCUGAUAAGAGGCAGGGUUCCUAAAACUAGGUUCCUGUUUGCAGUACUAAAUCCUUAGAGAAUUUAGUUAAAUUUAAAAAUGAACUUUCACAAGCAAAUAAUGUAUUGUCAUUUAUGUCACUUCUUGUCAAGUGUUUUAAAAAGGUCCACGUGAUGCACUUUACAUUGUAAAUAAAGUUGCACCCCAUUUAACUCAA